AUGCCUGCACCGACUUCUGAUGCCAGAAACUCCGAGGGCCCACAGACAAGGGCAAACAGACCAAGGGUUGCUACAAACAUGGCCGAUGUGCGCUUAUCUCAAACUCCCCAAGCUCGCCGCAUACGCCUCGACGGCGACAUUCAGCGCCUUGCGGCCGCCCGUGGUAUUGCCUAUCCCAGUAGCUCUUUUUGGUCUUUCUUGGCUUUCAAUUACGACCCUGGCAUUAACUUAACUACGCGUGACAACAUCAAUGUAGGGUCCCUGACCCGCGUUUGCCAAUUCUGCAACGCCCGCAAAUGGGCCGGGGAUCCUGCCGGUCUGUGCUGCUCCUCCGGCAAAAUUCGACUGUCUAUGUCUAAAUUCCUUCACUUGUACUUUAUUGCAGAAAACAACCUACAGGCCAAAACCUGGAUUGGUAUUUUGCCGCCGUCGGGAAGAGUAUCUCGCAGGGACGUCAUACUACUACUACAGGCCAUGCUUCACGAGUUUAACAGCUACAUUCGAAGUUUCAAAUAUACUUUGGAAUAUGCUCCAUUUCCUUCCUUCAGAAUUGUCAUUGAUGCCGACAAACGGCUACAAUGCUCCUGCGUGCAAAGAAGUGGCCGCUAUUAUACAUGGGGAGCAAGAUUGCACUAG